AUGGAAAAUAAGCUUCGGUAUAACAACCUGGGGUGCAGCAAUCAAUACCAAGAAAGUUCCCAGGAUGCUGACGACUUGCUAUUCCUGCUGCUGGGCCUCAUCAUUCUUGUCAACAUUGGGAUCAAUGUGGCAACUGUGAUGUGGUAUGGGCUCCAGAAUGCCUUAGACAAGAUGAGCAAUUGGAUUAAUCAGAAAAAUGAAAUCUUGCAGGCUUGUCAAAGUGCCCCCAAAGAUGCCCCAACCAAGGUCCAAGACAUCCACAUCCACUGCACCCUGGACCCUGUAGAAGUGAAGAUGGCCCGGCCCACUUGCUACUCUUCUUCCUACCACCAUCUCCGCAACCGCAACCGCAACCGCAACUGCAAACGCAGCUGUCGCCGUCUGCGCCAUAACUAUCAUCGCAGCACCCCCUGCAGCCACCAGCAGAGUACCAAGAACCACAGACAAUUCCCCAACAAUCACUCAGUCUUCCAUAGCCCAUGUCACAGCCACAAGAUGUCACAGCUGAGGCCAUUACCCUCUUUUGAUCAGGAAGACCUGGACUCCCAUCAGGAGGAGGAGGAAAACCUAUCCUUCCCACAACCCAAGUACCCACGGUGGGGCUGGGGAGGGCUCUACCAUCGAAGGGGGCUGCUCUCCAACAUGGGGUUGUGGGGCCGCCAGGGCGGGAUCCUGGCCAGCUUGCCACCACCCUCUCUCUACUUGUCACCUGAGCUGCGCCGCAUGCCCAAGCGUGUGGAGGCCAAGUCAGAGCUGAGGCUGCAGUCCUACGGGCCCCACUGCUCACAGUCCCGCAUCUGGGGUAAUAUGGAGGCUGAGCAGUGGACCUUGUCUCCACUACUUCCCCACCGGCUGCCUCCUAACCCCUCCUGGGUCCCUGGGGGGCACAGCCCUUACCAGUCAAGGGGCCAGAUACUGUGUGACUCCUGGGAUCAGCGGCGACGUGGUCUGGAGGGCUCUGAGCCUCCAUCUGCCCUGGUGCCCCGAAGCUCCCGGCCUGAGGCCCGGGAGCACUACUCCCCACAGUCCCACUGGCGGAGUCUCCCUAGCCAUGGUUAUAGCCAGCCCACCCGCAGCCCCUACCCAUCCACAGGACACUUGGGCUAUACCUCCCGGGAUUCCCAUGAGGUACGGCGCCGGGCAGCUGAAUGGGCUGAGGCGCUGCCCACUCAGCACCCUCUGACUACAUCUACCUCCCUUACUGUGUUGGGCGAGGUCUCAUACCAACGGGCCCUGGCUCCCAGCUCAGCCCUGCUCCCCCACUGCUCCCAGCCACUGCCUGAAGACCAGACUACUGAGCCACCCCCAACCCACUUCAUGCCACUCAGCCGGAGCCCGGGAGGCAAUGCCAAUUACCAGGUGUACGACAGCCUGGAGCUGAAGCGGCAGGUGCAAGAGAGCAGAGUGAGAGCCAACUCACUGCCACCACCUUCCAGCUCAGCCUCGAGGCCCUCUUUGCACAGGAGCCGGACUGGGAAACUUAAAUGA